AUGCAGGGGGCCCCUGUGGGCGGAGCCGAGCCCCUGGGGCCCCCAGGGGCCUCCGGGGCCUCACGAAACCCUGCAGGCGGGUGUCUUAAGGAGGUCGUUGCUCUGGUGGCUGCGAUUGUACGCCGCAGCUUUUCUCCCGAAUCUCUUCAACAGGCAACCGACCGCUUGCGGCUCCUUAACCCCAGCGCAAGCUCCGCUCAGCGACGGGAGGCGGCAGCAUCCCUAGAACAACUCGAGGCAGCUCCAGCCUGCACAGCAUUCAAUGCCGCUAUUCGGCAGCACCUCUUUGCCGCCUUCUCACUUGUACCUCCCGCUGCUUCCUCUGCUAGUCAGGAUAGUGCUGCAGGCCCUCCCGCGGGAGACAAGCCUGGCCCCCCUGUGACUCUGCGAGCUGCACACUGGAGCAACAGCGGCUGCGGCUGCUUCAACUCAAAGGUCACGGUAGAUGCCACACUUCUGCAGCGACGUCUAACACGCGAACUGCUUGAGCUGAUGCUGCAGCUCCUUGACUUCCCAGCGCUGCUGCCGUGGCUCUUCGAGGCCUUCUGUGUCGUUGGAAUUUCUCUGCACAUCUUGCUAGUGCUGCACGCAUCUGCUACUGCAAAGGCAGACGCAAACGAAGGAGCGCCUGCACGAACCCCAGCAGCUGUUCAGCCGCCAUCUGCGGCUGCGCUGCGGUGGCCUUUAGGAGUUGAGGUCGUGUUAGGGCCUCACCGUCGAGACUGCAUCAAUGCUUCCAGCAACACCAAGAGCAACAACAACGGCACGGGAGCCGCUGUACUCUGGACGUUUGAGGGGUCUGCCUCUGCACAGCUGCCGCCAGUGCCUCGAAGUACUCUGGAAGCUGCAGCUGGUUUCGUCUGCACCUCUGCAGCGAUUUUCUCAAAUGCUGCUGUCGCAGCAGCAGCAAUCGCCGAAGACGCGCCAAAAACAGCGGCAACACCCGCUGCUGUUGCAGAAGACUGGGCCUCCCUGCUUCUGCAGGCUUCUCUGCAAUCGUGGCUCAGCAGUCUGCCGCUGAUGUCACUUCUUGCUGCUAGUGCUGCCGAUGCGGAAGCCUACGCUGCGAUGAAAGCAUAUGUUUCUGCAUCGGCAGGCGGCUCACCGGCCGCGUCCCCUGCUGCCGUUGCACUCUCUAGCUUGAGACAGCUUGCGGAGGCUUGUGGCAUCGGUCGAUGCUCCCUCUCAGGAUUUGUCAGCCCCCCUAAAGGGCACUGGCAGCAGCAGCAGCAGCAGCUUCAGCGCCAGAUUCAAGGGCCUAGCGCAUUACCUUUGCUCUUUGCUGCAGCAACCGCACCGGCCGUUCCCCAAAACUGCUGCACACUGCAGCUGCGGCGCUUGCAGCGGGUGGCAUCGCAAGGACUUGCUGCAGCUGGAAGCAUGUGCAUCGCAGCCCUCGCUGCAGCUGCAAAUACACAUCCCCGCAGAUUUCUCCAGCAGCCGCACCAAGGGGAACAGGCACCUGUGUGGCUUGUGGCUACUGCAGCGGCGGAGGCGCAAAGCCUCGAGAUCUCGUGCAGAGAGCAGAGCGGAAGCACGUCCUUGUACACUGCUGACGCUGCAGCUGCGUCUGCCACGCUGCAGCGACGGCUGCAGGAGUGUCCACUUAGCUCUUGUUGGGAGGCUGGAGUAUCUUCUAGCGCUAAUCUCCGGAGCGCCUUGUGCAGCUUGCUGUUGCAGGAAUGCUCAGUGGCAGCAACGAUGCUGGAAUUUGAAGGGCGCCACCAAACCCACCAAAAACCCCACGCCUCCCAGCAGCAGCACCAGCAGCAGCAGAAAAUAUGUCUGUUGCUCGAUGCGUGCAUGCGAGCGCGCCUUUCUGCUCAGCUGAUGCUGCGUCUCCUCAAGGGCAGUUCCCUGCGUUGCCAUGCAUUCUUUGACAUUGGAGGGAGUAACCCUGUGGCCCUGCAGCAGCACCGACAGCAGCAGCCUUGCCAAACAAUGUUUCCGUGGCAUCUCCUGUCCAAAAUCGCCGCAAGUUGGAUGGCGCUGACGAGGAUCAUGGAAAGCUGUGAGGGGGCGCACCCUGCGAAAUGUUCACUAGGUGGCGCCUUCCCCAGUGAACGCCGUCCUCAUUUAUCCCCUGGCCUGUUGUCUUCCGUCUCUUGGGAGGCUUCCUGCUGUUUGUUGAAGCACCCCCAUGUUGCGCCUUCAUGUGCGGAUACACUCCGAGUCCUCGAGGCCUUCUUAGCAGCAGCCGUCCGAGCAGCGCCUUUUGAAGAGCUGAGGCAGCUACGCAAGACUUUUCUUGAGGGAACGCUUCCGGAUGCUGCUCCGCCGCCUUCUGCUGUCGCUCUCCCCGCCGCUGCAGAACACACGGAGGAAAAAAUCCACAGGGCGGGGGGGUUGUCCAUAUUUUUAAAUCUGAUUAUUACUGCAGCAGAAGGGGCAGCGGAGCGCGAUGGUGCUGCAUCAGGCUCCCAUCCCUUGACUUCGCGCCAGACGCACGAGCAGCAGGCGCAGUGGGUGCUGCAGGUUCGGCAAGAGCAACUUCUUUUGCAGCAAAUGGCUCUUCGAAUGAUUGAGGAGACAGCCUUGGACUUCCCUUUGGCCUUCCACGCCCAAUGCUGUGCGACACCUGACGCACCGCGUCUUCAUCAGCAGCACCAACAGCAAACACCGGCGAAGGCUGACAUUGGCAUCACUGUCCUGUGGUUUGCCGCUGCAGCACUUGCAGGGAGCAGCCGAAACAGCAUCUCCUCCCUACGCAGCAGUGAGGCACUGGCAGCCAGCGUUGCGGAAAAUGAGAGGCAGCUGAUUCAACGGUUGGUGCUGUGGAGCUACAGCAACCACCCGGCGCUCGCUUCCUUAGCCAGACGCUGCUGGAUAUGUCUCGCGUCCUUUGCAGCGGAGGCCUUCCCCCUUUCGCCGCAGCAGAGGCAGCAGCAGCAGCAGCAGCCACAACUGCGUGCUGCAGCAGCGCGGCUAUGCGCAAUGCUCUUUGCUGUUGCUACACACAGCAGGCCCUCAGGAUUUGAUUCAUCAGCAGCGAAUAAUGCGGAUGACGGACUGCUGCAACUGUGCAUAGGAGAAACACUGCAGCUUGUCCCCUCCGAGCAGCAAGUACGACUCUUUCGUUGCUUUGCAGUUGCGGCGCAUGAAGCUGUCGUUGCUGCGGCCCGUCAACGGGAGGAGCAGCAGCAACACCAGCAGACUGCACGCCGCUUUGCAGAGCAGCUACUGCAGCUGCCUCUCGCAUAUGGCGCUGAGGUGCUCAGUAGGCUCGGCUACGGGGAGCAGCAGCUCCCCAGCAGCAGCAGGAGCAAGAGCAGUCGUAGACACCAUAAAUCGCCUGUUUCGCUGCCGCUGUGGCUCAGCAUGCUUGCACCCAUGUCGGCUGCUGUGUUGCACUUUCCUCUUGGAAACGGGGGACCAAGCGCGACACCAGGGGCAGCACAGACGCUCGAGGCGCACUGCCGUUCUGUCCUGGAGGCGCUCUUGGAUGUAACCCAGAGGACUACAGCAGCAGAUGCCACUUUGCAGGAGCCUCCCCCAGUUUUGCAGCAGGAUGCAGCAGCUAGGGCUGCUGCUGCUGAGCUGCUGCAGAAGCACCAGGAGCAGCAACGACCAGUAAUGGCGAGGCAUGUGGACUUAGAAAGAGCGGCAGUGGAGGCCGUGUGCGAUACAGUCGCAACGUAUGCACAACUUGCAGCACCGGCAGCAGAGACUGUGCUGCUGCCUUUUGUCGAAGAGCUCUCCCAAUUCGUUGAGCAUUAUCUGUGCAGCCCCGAGAUGGCUGCUGCAGCUCCCCGAUUGUUCGCCUGCGCCAUUGCGCUUUCUUGCUGCUGCUGUGGCUUCCCCCUCUACCAGCCAAAUCAGUCCCAAGAGCAGCAAGUGGCGCACGAGCACAAACAGAAGGCAACGGCAGCUGCUGCGAGGCUGCAGCACGUUGUCCAAGCGGCUCUGCCCCCGAUGCUGCUGCUUCACCCAAUGCAAACUGCUGAAGCCCUUCUCAAAUGCCUGGAGAGGGGAUGGGCUCCACAUCUCGUUCAGGGCAUUCGUGCAGCGCUGCAGCAAGGGAAGGCAGAUUGCGAGAUGUUGCAGCUCCUGCAUUCUCUCGCUCAGAUAUCAGAGCAGCAAUGUGCAUCCCACAAUGGGAUAUAUGCAUUGCAGCAGCAACUGCAAGUGGAGCUGAGCACCCAAGAGCAGGAGCACGUGGCAUAUAUACUCAGACGCUCGCGCCUGCUGGACGGUGGCAGCACGCGAGUUCCUUGCGCCUUCCUCCAGCCCCUUUCCGCUAGUGCAGCAGUUGUGGCUGGUCCAUUGGGAGCAACUGACGCACAUGGCGCUGCCUCUAUCACUCCUUCGAGUACCCCUGGUCUGGAUCAUGCCGUAGCCUCUGUUGUGUCGCAGAGGCUGCUACAGCUGCUGCCUCUCAUGCCUUCUGCCUCUGCAGCGCAGGAGAUCACAGGUAAGGACGCAUGGGCCGCACAAAAGACGAUGAGAGUUUCUCAGGAGGCAGCAGGGCGUGAGCGCUUCCACUAG